AUGAGCGGGAAGAUCGUCGGCGGUGGUGGUGCGAGUGUCGGAGGGAGGAAAAGCUAUAACGGGAUAUCUGAGAUUCCGUCGGGGUCGAGGAAGAUGGUUCAAAGCUUGAAGGAAAUCGUCAACUGCCCUGAGGCAGAGAUCUACGCCGUGCUCAAGGACUGUAACAUGGAUCCUAACGAAGCCGUCAAUCGUCUCCUCCUUCAAGAUCCUUUUCACGAGGUGAAGAGCAAAAAAGAAAAGAAGAAAGAGAUUAGGGAUAUACCGGAUUCAAGGGCACGAGGCUAUAGUAACACUUACAACAACCGUGGGGCUAGAGGUGGUUCUGAUCGUUACGCUGGACGAAAUGGAGCUUCCUCUUUCACCUCUACUGAUUCGGGAAGCUUCCAAGAAAAAACUACAUACAAGAGGGAGAGCGAGAAACAGGCUCAUAGAGGUUUUGCUCCUUCUACGCCUGGAGUAUCAAGCCACCAUCAGAUACCACACAGUGAUUCUGCUCCUACGGACAGUAAAACGCCAGCUGUUACCUCUGGUGGUGGAGGAGUAUCACAGCCUGUGUCUGGACAUCAAACUCCGUGGUUUGGAGCUGCAGGUCAGAGGUCCAUGGCUGACAUUGUGAAGAUGGGUAUACCUCAGAACAAGACAACAAACGCUCGGAAAAAUGUUGAUCACGAGCGUGAAGUUUCUGCGAAUCAGCAAGCGCCUGUGCAAGAUGAGUGGCCCUCGAUUGAGAAGCCAGUGGCUGCAAGCACUUCUGUAUCAGUGGCACCAACUGAGCCAGAGAUGAGCAAUUCAGAUCAACAUCUGAAGGGCCACUUGGAAGAUACACAUUUAGCAGAAGAUGGUUCCUUUGGAAAUAUUGGAAGAGAUCAUGUGCAGGAUGACACUGUUACUGGUGGAGUUGUUCAAGAAGACGACCCUGCAGUGUCAUCUGAGUUUGAUGAAAUUCCAUACAGAGACCAAACGCAGAACCAUCCUCUUGAGCACCAACAAGACGAAGAUAAUGUUUCGUCUGUGGCUGCAAACCUUCAAGAAUUAAGCAUCGAGAACCAUGACAAAUACUCCUCCCAUGAAGAGGAUAGACCUGCUGUCGUAAUUCCAGAUCAUCUGCUAAUCCAUACGGAAGAGUGCGCACAGUUAAGCUUCGGAAGUUUUGGAGGUUUUGGAUCAAGAUCUUUGAACAACAACAUAGAAGAGGCAUCUGAUGUAGUAGCUCCACAGACUGAACGUGCUGAUGAUGCUAGAAAUAUCGAGUUCUAUGGAGAUGAACAUCUAAGGAGCAUGUCCAAUGGAAAUAUGGUCCAUGCCUCGUCUACUGCAGAAAAUUAUGAUGAUUCUUCAGAAUCUCUGCUGCCAGAAAACCCCGAAACCGCUCAUCAGGAGAACCAGUACUCGUUUGCUCAGUCUGAUCAAGAGUAUGCAUAUGAAAAUGCCAAGCAGCAACUGGAUACUGGAUUUGAUGCCUCUCAGACAACAAGCAUGCAGAAUCUUUCUUCGCUAACAAAUGUGAUGCAAGGGUAUACAAACUCAAUUCCGAACACUCUAUUAGCACAGACUGCACAAACUGCAAGGGAGCUUGAGUUUCAGUACUCAACAUUCCAAGCCGCACAGUCAAUGCCAUCAAGAAGCAACGAUGCCUCACAAAGUGGCCAAAGCAUUUCUAUGCCAGAGGCGCUAAGAGGUGGUGGUAAUCAAACAACGCAGCCAAGCCAGCAGAACUUACCCAAUGCUGCUACUGGACCAGCUCUUCAUCAACAGCUACCGAUGCAUCCAUAUUCUCAGCCGACUGUGCCUCUAACUCACUUUGCCAACAUGAUCAGUUACCCUAUGAUGCCUCAGAGCUACCCAUACAUGCCAUCGGCUUUCCAGCAAGCAUUUGCUGGUAACAGCUCAUACCAGCAGCAACUGGCUGCUUUGUAUCCGCAGUACAAGAACAACAUCUCCGCCAGUAAUUUGCCUCAGUCAGCAACUUCUGCUCCUCCCUCCUCCGUCUAUGGGUUUGGGAACUCUAGCAAUGCUGGAGCCGGAAACUUCCCUGCUAACCAACAACAACAACAGGCAGCUCCUACUGGGGCUACGCUUAGUUAUGAAGAGAUCCUGAGUCUACAGUAUAAACAGAAUAACCAUCUAUUGUUACUUCAGCAACAGCAACAACAACAACAACAGCAGCAGCAACAGAAUGAAAACUCGCCUGUAUGGCUUCAUGGGCCUGGCUCUCAAACAAUGUCUGGUGCACAGAGCAACGCAUACUACAACCUUCAAGCACAACAACAAGCUCAGCAAGCUCGCCAUGCUCAGCAACAGGCGCAGCAGCAGUAUGGAUCAUCACUCGGUUACUCAAACUACUACCAGUCACAAACCGGAAUGCCAAUGGAGCACCAGCAGCAAAACCCAAGAGACGGUGGCUCCCAAGGCCAGGCCUCAAAGCAGACCCAGCAGCACUGGCAAAACUCUUACUAG